AUGCCCCUGCGCCUUCCGAUACUCAACGGCAAGGUGAAAGCUGCUGCUGCUGCUGCUGCUACGGCCGCGGUGGCAAGCCAGCCAAAGGAGAACGACGCGGGAGGAGGAGAAGCGGCAACAGCCCCGUCCGGCUUCUUCCCCGGCCGGGAGCUGGCGGGUCCGCCCGGCCUCGCGCCUCCGCCCGGGGGUCCCGCACGCGAGGAGGGCGCCGCCGCCGCCGCCGCCGCUCUCCCCUGGCGUCGCCCUGCGCCUCCGCGGACACUUGCUGGCUCCGGCAGAAAAGACGCAGCUAGAGGGAAAAGGAGGGAGGCGGCGGCGGCGGCGGCUGGUGAGACCAGCGGCCGAAGGAGACGGAGAUCGAGGAGGAAGAGGAGGAGAAGCGGCGGGAGCAGCAAGAAGAGGCGGAGGCGGUGGAGGAGGCGGAGGUCAGGUGCGCGGCGGCGCUUGGCCCCGUCGCCGCCCGCAGCAGCCUGUCCGCAGGUGAAGGAAGCCUCCCGCCGGGCAAGCAGAAGCGCCGGACGACCAUCCCCGGUCACUCCCGGCCGGCCCUCCUUCAUCCGCAGCCGGCAGGGCAGCCCCCGUCCGCCUUCUGCCGCCGCCCCAGCCGCCGCCGCCGCCGUGCAGCGGGCAGGCACAUCGCCCCUCGCCUCCCGCUUGAAUCACACCGAUCCCGCCGCUAACCUGCCCAGCCGAGCCAAGCCGAGCCGGCAGGAGAGCGAGGGGAGAGGAGGAGGAGGAGGAGGAGGGUGA